AUGAUUUUUGUCAAGCGUAAAUCACAAAUAGAUGGAUUGGAGUUGCUUGAUGCCUCUCGUCAGCAACAAAAUUUCGAACUUGUUGAUGAGUUAAAUUUACAGGUACAGAAAAAGCCGCGAUAUUAUUCACAGACAAUAUCAGGAACAGAAAAUCCCAAAAAGCGACCAGCCGAAAAAGUUAUUACACCUCUUCCCGACCUUCGUGAUCGCUCUCCUCCAUCUUAUAAAAGUGUAGAUAAUUAUUUUGAUGAUUAUAACGAAGAACCAAUCGAGGUUGAGGAUGUAUCAACUGAGACCUCUCCAUCAAAUGGCCGUUAUGAAUCUAACGUAGGGAUUAUACGCGAUGAAAAAAAUAAUUCUUUUAUAACACAAACAGGGGAAGAUUUGACGAAAUAUAAGUUCGCCUUUUCAUGGAGUCACACGAUUGAUAAAGUUGUCGUAAAUAAGGCCUCUGAAAAUGACUGGUUAACACAGGAUGGAUACAACAUCUCUAUCGAUUUUCGUAAGUUUCAAGCAGAAUCAAUCAAAAAAUUGGAAAUUAAUCCGACUUUAUCAUAUGCGAAAGAAAUUGAUAUGAUAUUGUGUUUAUCAUCGAUUAUGUAUUGCAAUGAACUUAAACCAGAAUAUGUUGGAUGUUCUGAAAAGACAUGGAAUGAUGCUCGUCCAAGAUCAUUAACCCCGAAGGAGUUGCCAACAGUUGCUGACUUACUUUUGAAUGACAAACAAUCACUUAAUACAAAGUGGCGUAACAAUUGGGAAAAAGGGAAUACAUUAUUAACAGACGAAGACAAAGACAUCUUUGACUGUGUGCAGAUAGUUUCGAGAAAUUUCUUUACCUAUUUAUCAUCGGUGAGUUAUGAUGAGAAUAAAAAUUUGGACGAAGAUACAUUCAUCCAUCGAUACUGUCAUCAAAUACUGGAAGAAAUAUUCAAUAAAACCGAACUCUCAUUAGUUUGGGCUAAUGGGGAAUCUGAAAGUUCUAAAGAGAGACGUGCAUUGGAUGGUCAUAACCAUGGCAGAAAACCAGACUUCCGGAUCCUCUCAAAGAUCGAGUACGCUGAUGACCUUAAAGGGGAGUUCAUAUUUGGUGAGAUAAAACCACCUCAUUGCCCUAUUUCCAUAAACAAAAGUAUAGUUAAAUUAGCAGAGUUCAUGAAAGGGUCUUUGGAUUUUAUUAUUAAUAUUUAUGGCUAUCUGACUGGCUUGGAAACCUAUGGAAGCGAAAUUAAGAUUUUUAGUAUCGAUUUGCUAUAUGAUGGUCUAUAUCGUUGUAAUCUAUUAUCGAAGGUAUUAUUCCCGACGGAAAGUGCAAAUUUUUUAAACAUUAUAACUGUAGUAUCUACCCUAUAUUCACUAUUGGAAAGGGCAAGAUCUACUAUUAAUAUUAUAAAUUCAUCUCAAGUAACACCUGAAUUAUCCUCCUCCCGUCACUCAUAUUGUCGAAAUUCGAAUUCAUCACCUAAAAAAAUACGUGUUCCGAUAGUCAGAGUUAAACAAUAA